GAUGAUUGGUUAGUAGAAGCUUCCUUGUUACUAUUGGCUAUCCAUUGGGUCGGAGGGUGAAGUAGGGCAAAGAUCGGGGAUAGUAGUAUUUGCCCCGUGCCCGGGAGGAGCUUUUCACUGAGUAGAGACCGGCCUUGGUUUAACACCACACCGCACUCAGGAUGGCCAAGCAACCGCAGCCCAUUAGUCCCAUGAAGAACUUCUUUGCCGGCGGCUUCGGAGGGGUCUGUCUGGUGUUUGUCGGUCACCCGCUGGAUACUAUUAAGGUUCGGAUUCAAACCCAACCAAAGCCAGUCCCAGGGAUACCUGCCGCAUAUUCUGGAACCUUUGAUUGCUUUAAAAAGACUCUAGUAAAGGAGGGUGUUCGUGGCUUAUACAAAGGAAUGGCAGCUCCGAUUAUCGGGGUCACACCCAUGUUUGCCGUCUGCUUCUUUGGCUUUGGCCUUGGUAAAAAGCUUCAGCAAAAGCACCCGGAAGACACUUUAACAUACCCACAACUCUUUGCUGCCGGGAUGCUGUCGGGAGUGUUUACAACUGCGAUCAUGGCUCCAGGUGAGCGAAUCAAGUGCCUCUUGCAGAUCCAGGCUGCCUCCGGAGACGUCAAAUACGCUGGUCCCAUGGACUGUGCUAAGCAGCUGUACAGAGAAGCUGGAAUUCGGGGAGUGUACAAAGGGACUGUGCUCACUCUUAUGAGAGACGUUCCAGCCAGUGGAAUGUACUUCAUGACCUACGAAUGGCUGAAGAACAUCCUCACACCAGAGGGACACAGUGUAAGUGAGCUGAGUGUUCCGAAAAUUCUCUUUGCUGGCGGAAUGGCAGGAAUCUUUAACUGGGCUGUUGCAAUUCCCCCAGACGUGCUAAAAUCUCGCUUCCAGACAGCUCCAGCAGGAAAGUAUCCCAAUGGCUUCCGGGACGUUCUACGAGAGUUGAUCCGAGAGGAAGGCAUAGGAUCCCUUUACAAAGGCUUCACGGCAGUUAUGCUGCGGGCGUUCCCUGCUAAUGCGGCAUGUUUCCUUGGAUUUGAGGUUGCCAUGAAAUUCCUCAACUGGCUCUCCCCAAACCUGUGAAGCCCAGAAUUAAAUGUAGGAGUUUGGGCCGUCGGUGCCUGCGCCGCUGGGUAUCACGCAGAGAAUACCAAGACUACAUGGACUGAAAUAUACAAAAUAAAUUGCCUUAUUAGUGAGCGGUGCUAAAUUAGUGCUGUUCUGUUAAUACUUGACUGAGACCAGACACUCGUAUAUGGAGCUGAUCUCAUAUAAGGUCCCUCUUUAUAUCCCAUCAGACUGGCCUUGUCUUCAAUUCAUCACCUGUUUAUUGGCUUCAUCAUCACCAAAUGACAACUCUCUUCCAAGUCUGUCCUAAACCAAGAGGAUGGGAAUUGCCCAACCCCCAACUUAUGUUGAUAUAAACUUGAAAAAUGUUUUUGCCUUCAUGCUAGAGAUCCAGACAUUGAUCAUUCGCCUCUGGUAUCAGCAUAUGGGAAUUUGGCUAAGAUGAGCCCCUUUAAAGGGGUGCUUCACCUUCCAAACACUUUUUCAGUUCAGUUGUUUUUAGAUUUUUUACCAUAAACAAAUCAAAUACAUUUUUUUAAUUGCUUUCCAUCUUUUAUUUUUUACCCUUUCCCCAAAAUUUCCCCAAAGUUUAAUGUUUGUGUCUCUGGGGUUUCAGUCUGGCAGCUCAGUGAUCCAGGAGCAUCUGAACUAGGGAUCCACCGAAUCCGGGAUUCGGCCUUUUUCAGCAAAAUUCGGAUUUUGAUGAAUCCUUCUGCCUGGCCCAAACGAAUCCUAAUUUGAACAUGCAAAUUAGGGGCGGGAGGGAAAUGGUUUCCCCUUCCCACCCCUAAUUUGCAUAUGUAUAUGCAUAUGUUUGGUAUUUUUCGCAAAGGAUUCGGAGGUUCGGCCGAAUCCGAAAUAGUGGAUUCGGUGCAUCCCUAAUCUGAACUGUUACAAUUUGCUACAUUUAGUUGAUACAAUUAGUUGAUACAUUUAGUUGAUACAAUUAGUUGAUACAUUUAGUUGAUACAUUUAGUUGAUACAAUUAUAUCUAGUACAGGUAAAUCUAAAAAAAAAAACGUUUUCAUUGAUUACUCAGCAAGUCCAGUUGUUUUUAGAUUUACCUAUACUAGAUAUACCAUGACCUGGAUGAAUGAAAAUCUUCAUAGUCAUAUUGAUACAAUUAGUUUAUACAUUUAGUUGAUCCAUUUCUCAGCAGCAGCUCUGGAGUAUUAGCAACUAUUGUAUCAAUUCUAACAGCUGCCUGUAAUGAAACUCAGGGACAAAGAUAAGAAAUGUAUCAACUAAAUGUAUCAAUUUAGAACAGUUAGAGUCGGCGACCCCCUCCCAGUGCUGCUUAAGAAGGGGAAAUACACUUCAGUAUUAGAAAAACUGUUGCAAAAUGAGAGUGCAGGUAUGGAAUCCGUUAUCCGGAAGCCCACUAUCCAGAAAGUUAUGAAAUGUCCGUCUCCCAUAAUUUUAUCCAAAUAAUCCACAUUUUUAAAAAUGAUUUUCUUUUUCUCUGUAAUAAUAAAACAGUAGCUUGUACUUGAUCCCAACUAAGAUAUAAUUAAUCCUUUUUUGGAGGCAAAACCAACCUAUUGGGUUUAUUUAAUGUUUACAUGAUUUUCUAGUAGACUUAAUGUAUGAAGAUCCAAAUUACAAAAGAUCCCUUAUCUGGAAAACCCCAGGUCCCAAGCAUUCUGGAUAACAGGUCCCAUACCUGUAAUUGGAAAAAGUCUUUGUUUAUGGGGGAACAACAAUCUGAAACCAACUGAACUGAAAAAAAAGUGUUGGAAGGUGAACAAGCCGUUUAAUACAGUAUAUCAAUGUAUGAGGCUUAAUAUAUAAUCAAAUGUGUUAAAAAAUAAAUGUUUUACUGUCCCUCACACUGUUUUCCGGUGGGGGAUCAGUUCACGGACCAAUUGUUGGAACAGUCCGUGUCACUGUAAUUGUAUAACAUUUUUAUAUAUAUUUUAGCAGCAGUAAAACUUUGCCUUCUAA